AUGUCCUCAGGUCGAUUAAAAUCGUCUCAGGCCAGCAGCAGCCCACCCCUUCAUUCCGCCAAGGGGACGGGGGAGAAGCUUUGGAAGUACAGGGUCGAGGUCGACCGCGGCAAGAAGAGGUUGAAACUAAAGGGCAGGGAGCUGCUGUUGGUGCCUCAGGAGAUCUUCGACCUUGGGGAGCUGCAAGUGCUGGAGAUGAGCCCGGAACGCGAGAGCUGCCUGAGUUACAGGAUCGGCGGGCUCCCUCGGGCCCUCGGGCGCCUGAGCAACCUGACCGUGCUGAGGCUGGACACCAACGAGCUGAGGGAAAUCCCGCCCGAGAUCGGAGCCCUCCACAAGCUGGAAACGUUGACCCUCAGCAACAACCGCCUGAGCCGCCUCCCGGCCGAGGCCGAGAGGUUGCAGCGGCUGCAGAACCUGCAUCUGGCCAACAACAACUUUCAGGAGCUCCCCAUGCAGGUCUGCCAGCUUCGGCGCUUGUCCUUUCUGGACGCCAGCGACAACAAGAUAGAGACCAUCCCUGCCAGCAUCGGUAACCUGGAGCGCUUGGAGACCUUGCUGCUGUGCUUCAACGCGCUGCAGAGCCUGCCCGACUCCAUCUGCACUCUCGGGCGCCUGUGCACCCUGUGGCUGGGGAAGAACCAGCUCAGGAGCUUGCCCAGCCAGUUCGGGCAGCUGGUGAACUUAGAAUGGGGUCGGAGUCACUGCUCCUCAAACUUCGAGGACAAUCCGCUGGAAUCUCCCCCUCCCGAGAUCUGCAGGGGUGGCCCUGAGGAAAUCAGCCGCUAUUUUGCUGCUGUGGGAUGA